CGAUUGGUGUGCAUGCGCUGUGCGUUGGCGUUCAGCUUGUCUCGAUCAACCGCGGGCGAAACCGACUUAUAGGCUUGGCUCGUGUUUUCGCGCACUCUCAUUGCUCAGUGCCGCGUUUGCCCGUGAAUCGUGAACGCGUUCACGGCGGCCACUGCUGUGCCGAUUGUGUGUGGCUUUAUUAUUAUUUUUUUUUUAUUCAUAUUUUCUGUGUGAUCAGUUUGUUUUUCCGUUUACCCGGUCCGGGGCCCGUGGUCACGGCACACACGGUCGGAGCUGAUCCGUACGUGGACUUUGAACGCAUAAUAUCGUACACGGUUAUAGUUAUUGUGUGCGGACGUUUUUUUAGUACUUGAGCUCACAUACUAAAAACCGACGGAGAUCACUAUCGGCUGUAACACAUAAACAUUAACACUUGCGCCAUUAUACUUGUGUACCUUUUAUUUAUAUAUAUAUAAAUAUAUGUUGUUAUAUUAUUAUAAUCGGCGAUUAUGGUGAUCGUGCGGACGGCGGACUAUUACGGCGAACUACGAAAAAAUAUUAUAAUCUCAAUAAUGCAAACGUCAAACGACGGUCUAAUGUUUCCAUUACAAUGUCUCUAAAUGACGACAUCCGUCAAAUGCAUCUCUUAUUGUUUAAUUCUUAAUUAUUAGUUAUCUCCCCGUUUUCCUUUUAUUCUUUUAUUUUCCUCCUUUCGCUCUUUUUAUUAUUAUUACUAAUUUGUUAAUCUGAUUUUUUCUGUUCACUCGUUGUUUUUUAAAUUGUUUAUUGAUAUAUAAGAAUAUAAUCUUUUUACGACAGACAAAUUAAGAAGGACUUCUUCUUUUUAUAUAAAAUUAUUUAAAUACAAAUUUUUAUACGCACAAACGUUGCAAUUAUAAUAUCAUACAUUUUAUAUUAUAUUAUUUAUUCAAUUUUUUUUUUAAGUUAAGUCGGACGUGAGCGAGUGGUUAGGUGAUUUCUUACCUCUCGCAUAUCAUUACAAUUUUUUUCUCUAAAGCAACAUGUCAAUCUCACCCAAAUGGUAAUAUUCAAUUAAACGUAGUAUAACAUUUCACUUAUACAGCUACCUAUAUUUAGUAUUAAAUUUCCCUAUUACUAUACCACAUAUAACUUAAGCAUAAGGUCCUGAAGAUUUUACUUAUUUGUGACAUUAUCCUGUUAUCAUUAAACAUGAAAGACAAACCGAAUUCGACGCGCAUUUACGACAAAGAUGGAUUUCGCAGGCGAGCUGCUUGUAUAUGUGUACGCAAGGAUUCCGAUGAGGUGCUGUUGGUGACUUCAUCUAGUAGACCGGAACAGUGGAUAGUGCCAGGUGGUGGAAUUGAACCGGAAGAAGAACCGAGUGCAACUGCUAUUAGAGAAGUAGUUGAGGAAGCCGGCGUCGUGGGCAGACUACACAGACGACUUGGGACAUUUGAAGAUAGGACCCAUACAAGGAGGCACAGGACAGAUGUGUUUGUGAUGAUAGUUACAGAAGAGCUACCCGAGUGGGAAGACUCGUUGGGCAUAGGUCGUAAGCGUAAAUGGUUCAAAUUAGAAGAUGCGUUAAAUAUGCUACGUUUACAUAAACCCACCCAACAUACAUACCUGGAAAGUUUUGCACUCAAUAAACAAAAAGUUAACACCUGAUAUCAUUCUCUAGAUGGAUUAAUACUAAACUAUUAUAAUUUUUAAACAUUUUACAUCCUUAAUAUAAUUUAGAAUAAAAUAUCUUCUCGCUAUAGCUAAUAGAAUAGUUUAAGUAACAUGAAUUCACGUAAUUUUUAAGAUAAAAAAGUUUAUCGAUAUUUAGAUAUAAGGUAUAAAAUCAAUUUUUGUCAUCAUUUAAUUUAUAUAAUACAGAUUUUUUAACACUUCAAUCUUAAUUUAAAUGAGAUUUGUAUGAACUGAACAAAGUCAAUAAAAAAACAUUUAAACUUUUUUAAUAAUACUAAAAUCUGAUAAGAAAAAAUGUAUACACAAUAUUAGUGUAAUGAUACUUAUUGUAAAACAUCAAUUGACAGACUGCCAAUAAACUUAAGUGGUUGAUAUAACCAAGUUAAAUUUUAUUAUGUAUGAUAUUAUUAUUUAUUUUUUAGUUUAUAAUUGUCAUGUUAGUAUUUUAUUAUUUCCCAUUUGUAAACUAUCAUCAAUUAAUGAUAUU